UCGGCCACUGAGCUCUUGGGCGCCCCCACCCCGUUUUCGGAGCCCUCCCCGCCGAGGCCGCUGCCCCUCCGGACCAUGGCCGACGACGACGUGCUGUUCGAGGAUGUGUACGAGCUGUGCGAGGUGAUCGGCAAGGGUCCCUUCAGUGUUGUACGACGAUGUAUCAACAGAGAAACUGGCCAGCAAUUUGCUGUAAAAAUUGUUGAUGUAGCCAAGUUCACAUCAAGUCCAGGGUUAAGUACAGAAGGUAAGAGAUGGAUUUCAAAUCUAAAGCGUGAAGCCAGUAUCUGUCAUAUGCUGAAACAUCCCCACAUUGUAGAAUUAUUGGAGACAUAUAGCUCAGAUGGAAUGCUUUACAUGGUUUUUGAAUUUAUGGAUGGCGCAGACCUGUGCUUUGAAAUCGUGAAGAGAGCUGAUGCUGGUUUUGUAUACAGUGAAGCAGUAGCCAGUCAUUACAUGAGACAGAUACUGGAAGCUCUGCGCUAUUGUCAUGAUAAUAACAUAAUUCACAGGGAUGUGAAGCCCCACUGUGUUCUCCUUGCCUCAAAGGAAAACUCUGCACCUGUUAAACUUGGGGGCUUCGGGGUAGCUAUUCAAUUAGGGGAGUCUGGACUUGUAGCUGGAGGGCGCGUGGGAACACCUCAUUUUAUGGCACCAGAAGUUGUCAAAAGAGAACCAUAUGGCAAACCAGUAGAUGUCUGGGGCUGUGGUGUGAUACUCUUUAUCCUGCUAAGUGGUUGUUUGCCUUUUUAUGGAACCAAGGAAAGAUUGUUCGAAGGCAUUAUAAAAGGAAAAUACAAGAUGAAUCCAAGGCAGUGGAGCCAUAUCUCUGAAAGUGCCAAAGAUCUAGUGCGCCGUAUGCUGAUGCUAGAUCCUGCUGAGCGGAUCACUGUUUAUGAAGCCCUGAAUCACCCAUGGCUUAAGGAGCGAGACCGUUAUGCUUACAAGAUUCAUCUGCCAGAAACAGUAGAACAACUGAGGAAGUUUAAUGCAAGGAGGAAGCUAAAGGGUGCAGUACUAGCAGCUGUGUCAAGUCACAAAUUCAACUCGUUUUAUGGGGAUCCCCCUGAAGAGUUGCCAGACUUCUCUGAAGAUCCUACCUCCUCAGGACUUCUAGCAGCAGAAAGAGCUGUCUCACAGGUGCUGGAUAGCCUGGAAGAAAUUCAUGCACUCACAGACUGCAGUGAAAAGGACUUAGAUUUUCUACACAGUGUUUUCCAGGAUCAGCAUCUGCACACCCUACUAGAUCUGUACGACAAGAUUAACACAAAGUCUUCACCACAAAUCAGGAAUCCUCCAAGCGAUGCAGUACAGAGAGCCAAAGAGGUAUUGGAAGAAAUUUCAUGUUACCCUGAGAAUAAUGAUGCAAAGGAACUAAAGCGUAUUUUAACACAACCUCAUUUCAUGGCCUUACUUCAGACUCACGACGUAGUGGCACAUGAAGUUUACAGUGAUGAAGCACUGAGGGUCACCCCACCUCCCACUUCUCCAUAUUUAAACGGUGAUUCUCCAGAAAGUGCGAAUGGAGACAUGGAUAUGGAAAAUGUGACAAGAGUUCGCCUGGUUCAGUUCCAAAAGAACACAGAUGAACCAAUGGGAAUCACCUUAAAAAUGAAUGAACUAAAUCAUUGUAUCGUUGCAAGAAUUAUGCAUGGAGGCAUGAUUCACAGACAAGGUACACUUCAUGUUGGUGAUGAAAUUCGAGAAAUCAAUGGUAUCAGUGUGGCUAACCAAACUGUGGAACAACUACAAAAAAUGCUCCGGGAAAUGCGAGGGAGUAUCACCUUCAAGAUAGUGCCAAGCUACCGCACUCAGUCUUCAUCCUGUGAGAGAGAUUCCCCCUCCACUUCCAGACAGUCCCCAGCUAAUGGUCAUAGCAGCACUAACAAUUCUGUUUCGGACUUGCCAUCAACUACCCAACCAAAAGGACGACAGAUCUAUGUAAGAGCACAAUUCGAAUAUGAUCCUGCCAAGGAUGACCUCAUUCCAUGCAAAGAAGCUGGCAUCCGCUUCAGAGUUGGUGACAUUAUCCAGAUUAUUAGUAAGGAUGAUCACAAUUGGUGGCAGGGUAAACUGGAAAACUCCAAAAAUGGAACUGCUGGUCUCAUUCCCUCUCCUGAACUUCAGGAAUGGCGAGUAGCUUGCAUCGCUAUGGAGAAAACCAAACAGGAGCAGCAGGCUAGCUGUACUUGGUUUGGCAAGAAAAAGAAGCAGUACAAAGAUAAAUAUUUGGCAAAGCACAAUGCAGUGUUUGAUCAAUUAGAUCUUGUUACCUACGAAGAAGUCGUAAAACUGCCAGCAUUCAAAAGGAAAACACUAGUUUUAUUAGGUGCACAUGGUGUUGGGAGAAGACACAUAAAAAACACCCUCAUCACUAAGCACCCAGAUCGGUUUGCAUACCCCAUCCCACAUACAACCAGACCUCCAAAGAAAGAUGAAGAAAAUGGAAAGAAUUAUUACUUUGUAUCUCAUGACCAAAUGAUGCAAGACAUCUCUAAUAAUGAGUACUUGGAGUAUGGUAGCCAUGAAGACGCAAUGUAUGGGACAAAACUGGAGACCAUCCGGAAGAUUCAUGAGCAGGGGCUCAUCGCAAUUCUGGAUGUGGAGCCUCAGGGAUUGGAAAAAUCUUCUGGCCAGGGGUGGCUAGAGGCAAAGUCUCAAUCCUGGUCCUGGUCUUCGACAUCCUCUCCUUGGGUUCCACACUGGUCUUCACCUGAACGUCGUUUUCUGCUGGCAUUGAAGGUCCUGAGGACUGCAGAGUUUGCUCCAUUUGUUGUUUUCAUUGCCGCACCGACUAUUACUCCAGGAUUAACUGAGGAUGAAUCGCUCCAACGUCUGCAGAAGGAGUCUGAUAUUCUACAGAGAACAUAUGCACACUACUUCGAUCUCACAAUUAUCAACAAUGAAAUUGAUGAGACAAUCAGGCAUCUGGAGGACGCCGUUGAGCUCGUGUGCACAGCCCCGCAGUGGGUCCCAGUCUCCUGGGUCUAUUAGGCCUCUCCCCAGAUAUCUGAUGCCUAACUGGGAGUCACAUCAUACAUGGAAAAGCCUCUUUGUUAUCGGCCUUGUGUCAGCAGGUCGUGGUCCAUAGAGACUACCUAGUUGUAGUGUGGCCUACAUUUAUAAUUAUUGUCAUGUCCGAAUAGAUAGGAGGAGAUAAAACAAUUACACACUAAUUUAAAGAGACAGUAUCUUUUUUAAUCAGUUCUCCUAAACUUUAAUAAAAUGUAUCUUUAAAUGUAUGUAUUAUUCAAUCCUUUGGAAUGUUAUAUUUUUAGAAAUCAUAGCUUUUUAUUUCCAAUGCCCCUAAAAAACUGCACAAAAUAGAUGCUGCUUUCUAUAAUCUAUUUUAAUAAUAAUAAACAAUAAUUCUGUGACCUUGACUGGGGGUGGAACACUACAUUCUUUUUAGAGUCUGAUUUUAUGGAUUGGAAGACCUUUCUUUCCUUUAUUUAUUUGAAUUAAUCAGUCUAGUGAUUACCAAACAGUCAUAAAUUUUUAAAGGCCUUUUCUCUUUCUCUCUCUUUUUUUUAGGAUAGUAUUUUUUUUAAGUCCUUUCUGUAAACAUCCAGAUAAUGUGAUACUGUCUCUUUGAAGCACCCUGUAAACCUUUUAGAGAUUUGAAGUUGGGUCUUGACUCUUAAUGCAUGUGGACAGUCGCGAGCGUUUAUGCUGUCGGUGUGUCUGUGUUGGACAAAACAGUCUGUAAUCUACAGCAAAGUACAUUCCGUUCACGGGGCGCACCCAGGGGAAUGAGAAUAAAAUGCUAUAUGACUAAGUUGUAAACCUAUGCACAUCCCUUGCAUUUCGGGCAACUUUAUAAAAACAAAACAAACAAAAAAACAAAAAAAGAAACUGAUUUUUAUUAAUAAUAAUCAUGUAGUGAAAUGUGUUUGUAAUUUUGUCUCAAUUUAAUUUGUUGUAAGGUGGGAGGGGGAAUUGCUGGUUUCACCAUUUCAGAUCUGUGUCGUCUGAGAGUAUUAACGUUUUAAUUAAGCAAAGAAAUGAGGGUUUUUAAUCUGUAUGUAAUUGUUUUAAAGCACCCAUUUUAAGAGAAGAUCCUGUGCAAUGAAGAAAGCAGUUUAGGCAUUUGCUAUAAACUGAAUAAUCCCAAAAGAGUGAUCUCUAACAGCCCUGUAAAUUCCUGGAAAAUGAUUAACAGGACAGUUUGACCAAUUUUUUUUAAUAUACUUUAUUGUGUUCAAGAAUUAAAUGACUUGGGGCCCUUCAUUUCAUCAGAGAAUAUGUUCAGGUUCACAAGCCGAUAAUCUGUUAGACUUUCAAAUCCAUUAGAUGCUCACUGACCCAGCAGAGACCCCAGAAAUGGUUAGCCUAACCAUUAGCAGGACCUCAUUCUCUCAAACCCCAGAGCUCAGUGUAGCCCUGGGCCCCAAGGGAAUGGUGGUCAUCUGUGGCAGCACUUUCCUCUAGUUAUCAUCUCCCUUAGCGCAGGAAAACUCAUCUUUCCUUGUCACUUGAGAGACAUGAACCAUCUCAUUUCCGUACUGAGGGGUCACAUUCUUUAUACAGAGGAUUUAGGCUAAGGAGUUUCCAUCUCUUUCCCAGAAGUUCUGCAGAAAUAUUCUCUUUGGUUUGUCAGAGAGUGAAGUGGUCUUGCUAACUUUGAUCCUUGAGAAAACACCAUUGUGUUUCCUUCUUUAAUGGUUGAGGUGCUGGUUAGAGGGCCUCUUGGUUUGGUGCCUGGGCCAGCUAUGCUGGACAUGUCUAGAGCUAGCCAGUUUCUCUUGAAGUCCCAGAGAAGGCAUUUGGAGCUACUUUCUCCCUCAUGGUCCCUCUUCCACUUACUCUGACUACAGGAUGCUGGUUUGGUUUCUUUGAGAUCAUCCUAAUGACCAGAUAAGUUUGCAGCUUACUAACAUGGUGUUCUGUGAACUGCUUCUAUUGCCACUUCUUUCCCCUCCACCUAGGAAGGUGACCAAAUCACCAGAGAAAGAACCCAGAUGGAGACAGUAACUCCAAGAGGCAUUGAGGGCUGUGCCUGGGACAGUUGAAAUUGAGCCGAGACCAAGACCAAAUAAUUCAUUCCAUGAUGGUACAGACCACAAGCUGGGCUCUUCUCUGGGACAGUGCCCGCACUACCUCUUUUCCAGUGAAGCACAACAAGACAGCUACCCUGGUAGGCACCCCCAUGUUCUCCCUGGCCCUCGGAGAUCAAAUCUCCACGAGUACUAAGGAUGCCUGUCUUUAGCCAUCCGCUAGGUUCAGAAAAAUGAAUUGAGGUGAAGAGGAAAGCAAGACUAAUUGUGAUGGUUUAUGGCCCCAGUAGCAGCAGCAGUAGCAGGCUUUCAGCUUCUCCACUAAGAACUUGAGACAUUGUCCGCAGAGUCUGGGCAGGCGCUGUUCUUGCAGGCAGCUGGUGAAAUGUUAUACUCACAGUCUUGUUGGCUGCACAAACAGGUCAACUCUUAUAUUCCACUAGAGCGUUUCCUCCCCAAAGCAGAGUCCUUAUGACCUAGCAGAAAAGACAUUGGACAAGAGAGUAAAUUGGCUGUAGGAUUACAAAGGUCCACUAAGCAAGCAUGGGAAAUUGCUCAAAACUGCUUUACUGCUUCUAUCUCAUCCACUAAAACCAUUGUUUUUCUUUUUACAGACCAGAGCACCUGGUUAGAUGAUUAAAUCUUUUCAAUGAUCAAUUGAAGAGCCAUAUCCUGAGGGUUCUCUCCACUAACCCCUCAUUUCCCACACUUCCUCAGCCAAAAUAAGAGGGGUGGCUUCUAAUAAUGCUGAAGUAUUUGUCAAAAAGAAGGAAUGUCUUGGUUUUCUAAAAAGACAGACAUUACUUUGUCCACACAGCAUAUUUUAUUUGGACACUAAAACGGAAAAUGUCCAUUUGAUUCAGCUGGAAGUUUUCAUGAAAAUAAUAUGGUAGCCUUCUGAAGCCACCAUUAACUCUAUCUCCUGCCACAUGAAAUGCCCAAAUACAUUGCUCAAACAUGAAAAGAAAUGAGUGACCUAUUUCUUGCUAGCUAUAUUCAGAAGGCACCUCUUAGGCCCCUUCUGUAGGGAAGUGCAGAAAAACUAAAGAGGUUGCAAAAAAAUUACCAACACUUUACAGUUGAAGGAUUCAGCUCAGGUUCCCUUUUGUGGUCUGAUUCCCCCCCUCCCAUUCUGGAUCCACCUCACCCCCAGGCAAGCCUGCACUUAGUGAUCCUUAUAUAGGUUCUAAGCUCAUAGCUGAAAAUGAGGGUUUGCAUUGGUUUUGAAUUCUCUCAUCCUUUUCUAUUCAUUAAGACUUCAAGUUCAUUCCUUAACAAAAUAUUGUCAGUGGACCUGCCAUUUGUGGGGUGGCACUGGAAUGUAGAUGUGCCCAGAGUGUGUGCUAUCCCCCAAAGGCUAAGAAGCCCAAAGCAAAGUCUCGUGGCUCCCACUGAUGUGAAGGUCCUUUUCUUCUCUCUAUUAAGUAUCUAAUCUUCAGCCAACAACAGGUGCUUCUGUUAGAUCUAGUGAGAAGGUUUCUUGCUUCAUAACCUUGAUAACAAAUAGGGCCUCCCUGGAAGCAAGGGCUGACCCACCAUGAGCCGCAUCCCAAAGUCCCCUAACAAUCCUCAUCCCAGUGUCUCUGCCACCAUGAGCCUCCUUUCCUCUUAUCCCACUGCAUGGGGGACAUGGGGAAUUGUUUUUCCAGAAAGGCACACAGAUGCCUAAUCCCCUCCUCUUUCCAAGGGCUUAUGAGACUGAAGCUGAUGAUAGCAUGUGAUAGGUAAAGGUCCCUGAGGCUGGGCUCUUCUGCACAUUAAUGAAUUCUCUUCUUAGAAGGAUAUUUUGCUUCUCCCAGCAGCUUAGCAAAGGGCUACAAGCUAUCGUUAGGAAUCCUUCCCGUGGGUUGCUCAUUUCCUCUUUAUAACCUGGGGAAGUCAGGCUUUCCUCUCUGGCAGGGAGCUAGAAAUUGCAGGGCUAUGCCCCUCACGGUGAAUGCUUGCUGCUCUGCCCCCAACAUACUCAAGCACUUGUUGGAAUGCCUUAAAUGUCAAGCUGGUGGAAGGCUUAGUCUUCCAGUGUCAUGAGCUAGGUUUGCUGUGACAUGCCUCCAGUAGUGGAAGAAAGGGAGGGAGCACGCCUACCAGGCCACAUCCCUCUUGUCUGGUCUUUUAUUGGCCACUCAGAGAAAGUGGACCAAGGCAGUCCACUGAGAGGAAAUUUGUCCCACCAUCCUGAGAAAAGCCUUUGCUCACCAGCAGGUAGAAUAUUAAGGCAUUGCCUACCCCACAACUCACCUGACCCUCCCAUCCACUCUCCUGAGCCUGUGCAAAUGGACUGAGCAAAAGAAAAUCGAGUUCUUUGCCACCAGACAGGAGACACUUUCUGGUUCCAAGGGCCACUCCUUCUUUAUGCUCAGAAACCUGGAACUCUUGGCCACUUGGGCAUCACAUCCAUGACAUGUGACUGGGGAAAUGUGCCAGAGUUAUUGUCCAGAGAGGCCUGAGGGUGACCAUCUUAUGAGCUAGCAGAGUGCAACUUCUUGGCAGGAAAUGUGCUUGGCAGUGUAAAUGGGCAUUUCUCCCCAGUGAGCAGCCCCAACUAUUCUUUCCCUUUCCCAGAGAACAGGAAUUGGGGCAGUAGAGGUUCUAGUCUUCGGCUGAGUCCUGGAAGGUUCCCAGCAUUGAGGGCAGUAGGCAGGGAGAGGGAUGUGCGUAUGUCCAGUCCCCACAGGCUGAGACCUCAAAGCAUCUGGUUGAAAUGCAAUGCAGGCGUGUCGCCAAACUCAGUUCUGGGGUUGUUUUGCAUACAAUUUUUUCAACGUGUUCUUUUUUCUGUAUGUAUAAUUGCCUUUUUAUAAAAGGUUUUGAAGUAUUGUCUCAGUGAUCAAAAGAGAGCGAUGUUAACCGUGUUGUAAAUUUCACCGUAUCCAAUUGUAAGUAUUUGCAGGGUACAGCAAAGCCUUAGCGUGCAAGAGCGAUUGUGCUGGAGGUGUCCUUCAACACCCAGGAGGUGAAGGGUUCAGAUUCUUUGUAAAUGUCCCAGUUUUCUUUCUCUCUGUGUGUAUCUAUUUACAUGCCUUAGCACACACCCUCCUGCCCUGAUCCCUUUGCCCUGUCACCGGAGCAACCAGAACGUUGUGCACUGCCAGUACAGUACAAGUUGAUGGAGCCCUAUCAGCUAUCUUUUGUGUGACAGGGGAGGAAGAGAAACUCCAUAGUAUUCUUUGUAGAAUAUACAUACCUGUAGGAUGCUGUGUAAUGGGAAACCAUAGAAUUGGGCUUUUGUCAUUUCAAAGUUGGAGAAAUGUAUGAAUAAAAUGUAUAAAACCUGAAAA